GAGCUGCGUAGAAAAAUUAUGCGGCGCCACAACUCUGCUCCAGAACACCGCCGUUUGUAUGGAAUAUGCAAAGACGUGCUCGAUGUCAGAAAGAAGCUACAUCGGCAUAGCCACACGCACGAUGAUAUGUACCAAACGAUAUACUACAAUGAUGUGGUAUUGUCUUUUGUAAGAACUAGCGAUGACCACAUUAUUUGCCGGUGCGGAAAAAUGCCUGCUGUUGGUAUAGAGUCUAGGCAGCACACACAGACCUGUAGCGACUGCAUCACCGAGGCAUACGCAAUUGUUAGGAGUAGUGUCAGUACCCCAUGCAACACACAGCCUUCAGGUCUGAGCCCGACACAGAGUCAAUCUCCGAGUCACACCGAAGGCCAGAGUGAUGGUAGUGAAACGACUACAUCUAGCAGUAACACCAGCGGUUUACCGGCUAUCUUACCUGCGACAGAGUCCAUCAUUCAGGAGUCGAACGAAAGGAGUCCCCUGGGGAACGUCGGGCUAUUCCUGCACUCACCACAUGGUUUGCUUGUUUGCUGCAUGUGCGAGCGUGCUAUUAUCAAUCGUAAGCCCGCUUCUCAUUUUUACAAGUGCAUUGCCAGCGCCAAGUCCGAUAUCGAUGCUGCAGUAAGGUACCUCAAAUCAUAUCCAUACAGGGUGUGUAGCACAGAGUCAGCCAAGACAUGGCUUGGAUCUUGCAAGGGGAAGGCAAUAUCGAGGAUCCCUUCGUUGCCUGUCACCAAGGUGCUAAAAUGCACGGUAUGCGGGUAUCUUAGUGAUAACAGGGUCACGCUCAACAGCCAUUUCAGCCACGAGCACAGAGGGAUGCAGAGUCCGGCUACCGCUCCUGUAGUUUCGGCUCAGCAGCUGUUUUCCAAGCGUAGCUUUGCAAAGUAUGUUGAGGUUAGCGAUUAAUUUAAUUUGGAGCCGUGUCCUAAACAUGUCUAGAGCAGGGGUUUAGAUGCAGCAAGGGUCU